ACUACGAAAAAGAACUAAAAAACUAACAGAGCACGGCUGGACAGUUGGAAAAUACGACUAAUUUGAUAAAUAAAAUUUACAGAAAAUCUAAUGCCAUGAUUCGGGAAGACGACCCUCAAUUUAGAAUAACUCCCUUUCAACAAAUGGCAUCUGCAUGUACCGGUGCCCUAAUAACCUCCUUGUUCAUGACACCACUUGAUGUUGUAAAGAUACGAUUGCAGGCCCAGCAGAAAGCUCUUUUAUCAAAUAAAUGUUAUUUGUAUUGCAAUGGUCUCAUGGAACAUUUAUGUCCUUGUGGAGACACUGCAUGGAUACCAAGACGGGUACAUUUUCAUGGAACUAUGGAUGCAUUCUACAAAAUUGCCAAAAUUGAAGGUGUGCCAGCUUUAUGGUCUGGACUUAGUCCGACACUAAUCCUAGCGCUUCCCUGCACAGUUAUAUAUUUUGUCUCAUAUGAACAAUUACGUUAUAGGAUGAAAACAACAUACAAUUCCAUGACAAGUACCACAACGCAACCAUUAUGGAUUCCACUUAUUGCUGGUGCCACUGCCCGAAUAACUGCUGUUACUAUAGUUAGCCCAUUAGAGCUAAUUCGAACUAAGAUGCAGUCUAAAAAAUUGACAUAUGCAGAAAUAACAUCGGCUUUACGUAACGUGAUAAAGUAUGAAGGCUACAGAGGCCUUUUCCGAGGUUUAGGGUCUACCCUAUUGAGGGAUGUGCCAUUCUCAGGCAUGUAUUGGACCAUGUUCGAGUCAACCAAGCGGGUAUUCAAUAGACCAGAUUCGGAAAAGAAUUCAUUUUUAUUCAACUUCUUCUGUGGCUCUGUGGCGGGUAGUGUUGCCGCAUUCAUUACUUUGCCCUUCGAUGUAGUGAAAACGCACCAACAAAUUGAACUGGGUGAAAAGGAAAUAUAUACAGAUGGGAAGGUACAGCAAAGAGCUUCAAACAUGAAAGACAUAGCCAAGAACAUUUACAAAAACCACGGUUUCAAAGGUUUAUUCACCGGUCUAUUGCCUCGAAUAUUCAAAGUAGCUCCAGCCUGUGCUAUAAUGAUUGCAACAUUUGAAUAUGGAAAACAAUUCUUUAGGAAAUACAACUCUCAAAAGUACAAAGAGAAUAUGCAAAGACAUCAAGAAGUAGUUCUGAUGGGCACCGCUAACAAUAACGACUACUCCUAGAAAUAUAGCCAUAAUACAAGACGACGAGUCGUUGUACAAUAUGUGAUAAUUAACUGUAUUACAGUUUGUGUAGAUUAAAUGUUUGUAGUGUUUUGGGGAAUAAGUCUGUUUCGUUUUUAUGGACAGGCUAGAGGUUGAUCAAAAGUGACUGCUACUCAAUUUAUGAGAAUAUCACACAAUUGAGUAGUAGUCAAUUUUGGAAAAAUGAAAUGUUUGUAAUGUUUUGAGGAACAAGUUGGAGCAACUGGUAUUUUGGGGUUCAUGCUCUGCGUGUUUCAAUCAUCCUCCAUGUAAUGAGACAAGUGGAAUGAUUUUGAUGUUAUAACUAUUCACAAACAUACAUAUCCGUUUUGAUGAAGACUGUACAUUGAUUGAGAUAACUUUCUGGUUCAAAUGUUUAUUUGAGAUGGUUAAUGAAACAUACAUUUAUGAUUAUUUAUGAACAAAACCAAUUAUUUUAAAGGAUUCCAUAAUAUUUUUUUGUAACAUUUAUUCAUGAGAGGCAGAUCUUUAUACGAUAUAUAUAUUUUACAAAUAAUGAAUUUCUGUGAUUAGUACUUAACAAAAGUAGGGAUUGAUUUUGACAAUAUUAGUGUUUAUAUGUAAAUCUUCACAUUAAUUCAUUAUUUUAAUAUAUUUAAAGUCAAGAUUUCUGUUUUCAAUUUAAAUAUUCUAGUGACUUGAUACUAAAUGUCAUAUCUAUAUUUUUUUUAGAUAUUUUGUUUUGUAAAUAACUAUAUUAUUGUUUUAUUAUGUUUUAUUCCAGUUGACUAGCUAGUGAAAGCUCUUAAAGAUAUGAUUCAUGUUAUUUAUCAUUCGCAUUGUAGGAAUACCAAUGUAUAUAAAUGUAAUGUCUAGUACAUAUUUCCAGAGAAAACAUGAAAUAUACACGAAGAGGAAAUA